AUGGACGAUACGGUACGCAGUGAUCCGGAUGGAACUGGCCAGGCUGUUUCCCCGAGGGAGCUUACAAAAGGUCAUAUUGAAACCAUUGUGAUAUUCGAGAGGUUAGGUGCGGCGUUAUCUGUCACUGGGGUCCUUCUCAUCUUCAUUGCUUAUGCCAUCUUUAAAAGACUUCGCACCGUACCAAACACUUUCAUUCUCUUUGCAUCUUUCGCGAACUUGGGAGCGAGCAUUGCCUGCUUGAUAGGGUACUCAGGGGUGUUGGCAGGAUCGACCAGUCAUCUAUGCCAGGCUCAGGCCUUCAUGUUUGAACUUUUUAUGCAAUCGGACCCGUGGUGGUCUUUUGCCAUGGCUGUCAACGUGUACAUGGUCUUCUUUUUCUCUGCAAACCCCAAAAGCUUCCUCCGAUACUGGUGGGCAUAUUUUCUCGUCUGUUACGGAAUACCCUUCAUCCCGGCGUUAUGGUUACUCAUCGUCCGUGGAAGUAACGGGCAGAUUGUAUAUGGUAAUGCGACUAUAUGGUGUUGGAUAGAUAAGGACUGGUCCAACCUGCGUAUAUACACGUAUUACCUCCCGAUAUGGGUCUGCAUCAUCCUCUCUACCUUAAUAUAUGUGGCCGUCGGCUACUAUGUCUUUAAACAGCGCAACCAGUUGCGUAAUUUGUCCCUGAGUAAUCCUGCUCCUGACCCUCCAGUGCCGCGCGACUCAGGGGAGAAGAAUCUCUUCGCGAAUGCCGCUGUUAUGGGCAGUGUCAAUCGAGAAGUUGUGCAAGUAACAACAGUAAACUCAACCACCGCACAUUCUAUCAGCGGGCCAUCGUCGACCGGUGCAACACCCGCUAAUUGGUUUGACGGGCCGCUCGAAGACAAAAAUAAUAUGGACAACCCUUUGACACCCAUAUCGUCGCAGAAUCCAUAUCAGACUACAAUUACUCGCAUCACCGCGGACCCUGUGCCGCGAGAAGGCCUUUGGGCGCGUGCCAAGGAAAACUUCCAACGCUGGCGUAACCGAUUGAAUCGCAUGGAUCCGGUAAAGUUGGCGUACCUACGCACAUCUUUCGUCUUCGCAAUCAGUGUGUUCGUAACAUGGACACCGAGCAGUAUCAACCGCGUGCAUGAUCUUGUCUACGCUGAGAGCGCUAGCUUCGCCCUGAACCUGGCCAGCGCCGUUGUGCUACCUCUUCAAGGCGUCUGGAAUGCCGUUAUUUUCUUCUCAACUACUUGGUCUUCCUUACGUCAAGAAGUCCGUGCACGCCUCGAUAGGCGCAAAGGAUUGCCGCGGGGACACCACGACGCGACGGCCGUGCGUAAUGAGCGCGAACGCGAACGCGCCUUGGAGUUAUCCAGACGGAAGACCCACGGACACGCCGAUGAUGCUGGAAGUGAUCUCAGCGCCCCGGAUUCGCUCGGUGGUAAUGCUAGAAGCGGUGGCAUUGUUAGAGUCAUGCGCGGCGGGUCGCUUACCAGUAUAUGA